GCGCGCAGGCGCAGUGGCCGGGCGGAGACUCGGCAGCCGCAGCCUUGUACGUUUCCUCUCCUUCUUCGAAAAGGUUGGGAGAAGUUCGCCGCCUGGCUGGUUUCAGUUAAAAAUAAAACCCAGGUUGCCGGCCUUGCCGUACACUUGACAAAGCUGCUUGUCCCCUCGCAAGCUGAAGUGAUGGCUCUCCCCUUCCGAAAAGACUUGGACAAAUACAAGGACCUCGAUGAGGAUGAAAUCCUGGGCAAGUUAUCGGAAGAAGAGUUGAAACAACUGGAAACCGUCCUGGAUGAUCUCGAUCCAGAGAAUGCACUGUUGCCCGCAGGGUUCCGGCAAAAGGACCAGACUUCCAAAAAGCCCUCCGGUGCUUUCGACAGGGAGAAACUCCUUUCGUAUCUGGAGAAGCAAGCGCUGGAGCAUAAAGACGUUGAAGAUUUUGUCCCGUUCACGGGAGAAAAGAAAGGGAAAGUAUUUAUUCCAAAGCCAAAGCCAGUACAGUCUUACACGGAAGAAAAAGUGAGUCUUGAUCCUGAGCUGGAGGAAGCAUUGACAAGUGCUACAGACACUGAACUAUGUGACAUUGCAGCUAUCCUGGGAAUGCACAACUUGAUAAGUAACUCUCAGUUUUGUGAUAUUGUGGGAAGUAGCAACGGUGUCGCCAAUGAAAGUUUCUCAAAUGUGGUCAAAGGUGAAAAGAUCAUGCCCAUCUUCAAUGAGCCACCAAACCCCACAAACGUAGAGGAGAGUUUGCAAAGGAUUAAAGACAAUGAUUCGCGCCUUGUUGAAGUCAACUUGAACAACAUAAAGAACAUCCCCAUUCCAACACUGAAAGAAUUUGCCAAGGCAUUGGAAAGAAAUACUUACGUGAAGAGCUUCAGCCUUGCGGCUACUCGGAGCAAUGACCCUGUUGCUGUUGCUUUUGCCGACAUGUUGAGGGUGAACAAAACACUGAAGAGUCUAAACAUUGAAUCCAACUUCAUCACCGGUGUGGGCAUAUUGGCAUUGGUCGAAGCACUCAAGGAGAACGAAACCCUGACUGAAAUAAAGAUCGAUAACCAGAGGCAGCAGUUGGGGACCCCUGUAGAAACGGAGAUUGUGAAGAUGCUUGAGGAGAACACAAAGAUUCUCAAGUUCGGAUAUCACUUCACUCAGCAGGGACCGCGAGCCAGAGCAGCGGAUGCAAUUACGAAAAACAACGAUUUGGUCUGGCGUAUAGGAGUAAAAAUGUCAUCAAAUACCCUUUCAUCUCUUCAGCCCUGAAGCUUCUGAGACAGUUCGCAAAAGAAGAGUGGAAGGAGACCAUCAAUAAACCUUCGCGA